AAAGUUUGAAAGGCAAAUUUCCACGAAGACGGCGCCCAUAACUGAUGGGUGAAUCUGGAAGGAGUUUGCUGUCCUUCUCGGGAUGAUUGGCGGUGAAGGUGGAGGUGAGGGGGAUGCGUGAGUGAGUGAUGUGAGCCAAUGACUAAUCGAUCAGAAGGGGGUACCUAUUCGCGAGAGAUCCUGUAGUUCGCAAUGGAGGAAUUAAGUUUAAAUAGCGUUCAAGUGUCUGCACCUAAAAUUGAGAUGUUAGCUGAUGUGCCUCAACGUGUUUUGAAGGGACUUCCUCAAGAGGUGACUUUACAACAGUCAGCGGUUGAUGAAAAACGCUUAGGUGUGUGGGCCACAAGGUCCAUUCAGAAAGGCAGAAAAUAUGGUCCAUUCUCAGGAGAAAGGAAGAAAAAAUCACAGGUCAAGAACAAUGUGUAUAUGUGGGAGGUUUACUUCCCCCAAUUCGGGUGGAUGUGUAUUGAUGCUACCGAUCCAAACAAAGGCAACUGGUUGCGGUACGUGAACUGGGCUCGCUCCUCCGAUGAGCAGAACCUCUUUCCUCUGGAGAUCAACAGGGCUAUCUACUACAAAGUCUUCAAGCCCAUCCAGCCAGGGGAAGAACUGUUGGUGUGGUACAAUGGGGAAGACAACCCAGACAUUGCAGCUGCUCUAGAGGAAGAGAGAAGUAAUAAUCUGAACAAGAGGAGCUCUCCCAGAGGCAGGAAAGGAAGGAAGAAAGCUCGACGACAGAAAUUUGGAAGUGAGGAAGGAUUCAAACAAAGAAAAACCAAGGCUGCUUCUAAUAUUGUGGCAACACUGGAGAGAGAAAACACAGGGGGUUCUAAGAAGGAUGAACCUUGUGCCCUACCAGCCCAUUUGCCAGAAGAGAGAGUAGUGGUACACCAAAUAGUUACACAGAAGGUUCUCUCUCAGCCAAAGAAUCUGCAAAUGUCUCUUGAGGCAGAAACAAUGCCUGAAGAAAGCAAUUCUAUUGAGAGUCUGCCCAAAAAGAAAAUUUCUGUUAAAUCCUUGAAGCAGAAAUCAAAAGGAGAUCAGAAUGGAAUGGGAGACGUUGAAGAAACCCACAUGUUUCCUUGUAAAAAUUGUGAGCGCAGGUUCACAACAAAGCAGGGCCUGGAACGUCACCAGCACAUCCACAUAUCCACAGAAGGAUUCACUUUCAAAUGCAGGUAUUGUGGUAAAGCCUUUGGCACCCACAUCAACAUGAGGCGCCAUGAGCGACGCCAUGAGGCUGGGCCUAAGAAAAAGCCCACCUUGAAAAUGCACAUAGCUGGACAGCACCAAAAGGAUGAUUUUGAUUUUGAAAAGGCAGCAAUUGACAUCAGUGUUAAUUCUUCAACUCGACUGGAAAAUCCUAUAGCUCUGGAAAAUUACACGAAAACAGAUUCUGUAGCAACAACCCCAAACCUGGAAAGUUCUCUCGUAAAGAGCUGUGAAUCAAAAAUCCAGCACCCAUGCAAACUGUGCAAAAAAACUUUUGGUUCUUACACAAACUUACGUCGGCACCAACGUCGUAUCCACGAGCGUCACCUCUUGGCUAAGGGCAUUAGAAUGAGACGGAAGAGCUCUGCAGAGGAGCAGGAUCUAUCAUCAGACCAAAUCAGGGCUUCUGCUGGACUUCACAUUGCAAGCACAGAAACUGAAGAUGAAGAGGAUGAGGAGGAGGAAGAGGAGACUGAUGACUGUCAAGCAUUCAUCAUGGAUGUUUCCAGUAACAUCUCUGAAAACUUGAACUUCUAUAUUGAUGGCAAAAUUGAGUCAAACAACAGCACCAGCAAUUGCGAGGUGAUUGAGGUUGACACUGCUUGCACAAAUCCAUAUGGACUGCCUUCAGUGCUGUAUCCAGUGACUGAUGAAUCUCCUCAGAACCUUAAAACGACAACACAAGUUCCAGUAACACUCUCUCUUCUAAAGGAACCAACGGACAGUGAUCUGAAAGGUCCUAAGAAGAGGCGAACCACCAGCCCUCCACCAUUUCCGAAGACUAAAACCGAGCUAGGUGUUGAAACUAUAUCACCAGUUGUCUCCUCGUUUGGUGGUCUGUCUCUUCCUGGUCAGACCACUAACAGUUUAAGUGGACAUCAGGAGAAAAAUACCUUGUCUUCAAAGCUUAAGCAGCUUCUUCAGAUACAGGAAAGUAAUUCACACAGGUCAGCUCUGUUUCCAGAUGGUUCAGUUGGUCCUUCAACAUCAACUGCAACAACAAUGGGAUUUAGCCGAUUCAAGAGGAGAACAAGUUCACCGCCAAAUUCUCCACAGCAUAGUCCGGCACUGAGCAGCACAGGAAAGGACACUGACUUUAUACGUAUAUGGAGCGAAAGUUUACCUGGACUAAAAGCACCAAAAAUUGAAAGCCAGGGUAGCUCACCUGCCUGGAGUCUCUCUAGCCGAGAUGAAACUCUCAGCCCAAUGAGCCUUGAAAUGUGCAAAAUAACAGCUUCCAAGGAAUACGCACCAAGCCGGCCUCCAUGCACUCACCAGCCUCUGGAUCUAUCUAGUGGUAUCAAACUACAACCUGAUAUAAAAAUGGAACUGGAAGGACCUGGGGUAGCCAUCUUAGACUUGAGUUUGCAUAAGAAAUUGUGCAGCGACAAUGAAGUCAAAGAGGAAAUGGGGCCAGUUGGUACUCCAGUUUCAUACAGCAGUAAGAAGAAGAAACCCACAACCUCUAUGUUAGAGAAGGUACUUAUGAAUGAAUACAAUGGCACGGAUCUAACAAUGAUUGAUAAACAAGAUUCAGACUGCAGUCCUCAGCCAUGUCUAGAGGUAGAGGCACCACCUCAUCCUGACACAACCCCAACUCUGGUCACAACCCCUGCUCCUUCUCCUCCACCUCCUGUCCUCUCCGUACCUUCACCCCUUCCAGAGUCAGUGACCCAAGUUUUACAGUCAGUAACUCCUGCUUUAUCACCAGUCAGCAUAAACAUUAAGGAAGAAAUUAAAGAUGACGGCUAUCCAGACACGGAUAGCGAACAAGAAAUGAACAGCGUUCUUCCACCCACAAUUGAACCAGAAUCCCCCCAUGACAUGUUCAUUAAAAACCCUGUCGAUGAUGAUCAGGAGAGUGCAGAAAAUUCUCAGCUUUCAGUACAAGAGGAGAAAGCUGAAACAACAUUCACAAAAAGCUUUCAGUGCAAUGUCUGUGAAACUCCUUUCCUUUCCAUCAAGGAUCUUACCCAGCAUUUGUUGAUUCAUGCUGAAGAAUGGCCUUUCAAAUGUGAGUUUUGUGUGCAGCUUUUCAAAGAGGCCAGUGCGUUAUCUGAGCACCGGUCGUCUUUGCAUGGGGUGGGCAAAAUUUUCAUAUGCUCUGUCUGCAAAAAAGAGUUUGCAUUCCUUUGCAAUUUGCAGCAUCAUCAGCGUGACCUACAUCCUGACCAGCAGUGCACACACAUAGAGCUGGAAAAUGGAAUGCUGAGGCCUCAAAAUUUCACUGAUCCAGGCAAAGCCACCAGCUGUCCAAGUCAGUCUCUAGGAGAAAGUUCUGCAUUGCCACCUCAGGAGGGGGAAGAAGAUGAUGAUGAUUCUAAUGACUUAACAGAGGAACUGUAUACUACAAUAAAGGUAAUGGCAUCCGGGAUAAAGCCAAAAGGCCCCGAUGUCCGUAUGGGUCUCAAUCAACGCUACCCUAGCUUUAAGCCUCCUCCAUUUCAAUAUCAUAACCGUAAUCCUGCCAGUGCAGUGUCAUCGGCUGUAAAUUUUACCACACACAAUAUCCCUCAGACCUUUAGCACAGCUAUCCACUGUACAAAAUGUGGCAAGAGCUUUGAUAACAUGCCAGCACUGCACAAACAUAUCCUGGUUUGUGCAUCUGCCAGUGACAAGAAACGCUACACCCCAAAGAAGAACGCAAUCCCGCUGAAAAAGAAAGUGUGGAAGAAAAAUGGGGCAAUUGCUGCAGAGCCAGUCAGGCAGAAUACCAUCCGGAGAAUGGGGCAGCCAAAAAGGCUUAAUUUUGAAACUGAGACAAAGCCAAAAGUGACUAUGAAUAAGAUCAAAAUGAACGCUCUGAAGAAUAAAAAGAACAAAUUGGUUCAGAAGGCAAUCUCGCAGAAGAACCGAUCAUCUGCCAAAGAAAAGGCCAUCUUGAAAAGCAGGAGCUCAGAAAGCCACAAUUGUCCUUACUGCGAGAAAGAAUUCACUUACCUGGGAAGUCUGAACAAACACGUUACAUACAGUUGCCCCAAGAAACCGGCAUCCCCUCCUGCAAAAGGGUCUAGCUCUCAUUCACCUGCCAGCAGUGACAAGGGAGGCAGCCAGCGCAGGAGGACAGCAGACACUGAAAUCAAGCUGCAAAGUACGCCUGUUCUUUUGGGGAAAAGGAGAGGAAGAAUGUUGGGACCCUUGCAAGCUGAGUCUGUUUCUUCAGCACCAAGGUUGCAGCAGCGAAUGAGAUCUGUACCUCCAGUUAAGUCAAAGAAGCCGAGCACAUCACCUAUUGUCUCCAGAACUACAAGUCCAGUAAGAUCAGCUAAAGCAUCACCAGCAGAGGGCAAGAAGUUGAAAUCCGAUCCCAGGCAACGGUCUUCUGGCUUGACUUCGCCAAGGCUGUAUCUUCGAAUGAAGAAUAAGAAAGUUGUUUGGCAGAGGAAAACAAAUGUAAUGAAGCAAAAAAGAUCAGAGAAGUACAUGGGGAAAGCAAAGGAAACUCGAGCAGGUGCUGUUACACGAAGUGGGGCUCCUGCAGCCAUUGAUAGCAAUAAUAGCGAGUUUGAAGAUGACCAAGAAAACCAGGGAUCAUCUUCAGAGGAUGUUCAGGUUUCUGCAAUGAAGAUGGUGAGGUAACAUCCUUGUUUCUCUUUGUCUUUUCAUGACUGAGCUGAAAAUAAAACAUUGAGCCUAGACUGCCAUUCAAAUGGGUCUAAGAAAUUGGUCGUACCGGAUUGAAAGGCACCCAAGAAACUUGAUGAUCUGUCAUGUUUUCCGUCAUUUGCUUCAGAGAGAUCUUCCAGUGAGCUGAUGCAAACAUCUGCAAGCAGGAAGUUUAAAAGAAAUGUUUCUACAGUGUGUGUCUAAGCACCAGAUCCUUCAUGAAUGUGCGGCCUGUCUGGGAUUAUGGGAAAUGGCAAGACUCGGGGGCGGGGGGGGGGGGCAAAAGAGACGGUAUCUGGCAUGCACUUUGUGAAUUGGGAAAUUUAAAAAAAAAACAGUAUCAGGCCAUAGGCUGUGCAUGGUCACCGAAGCAACAAUUGGAAGUAUGAGUCUUCAUUAAGAAGUACCCUUUGAAAUAACAGGGACAGAACUGACCUGGAAUUCAGUCCCCUCUGUUGUU